ACUACAAAGUAAGAUAGAUUCAUACACAGCUCAAAGCAAAAUUUUUUUUAUGAAAUAUCUGUUCCUUAACAUUUGGCACGCAUUAGCUUAGAUAGACUAUGCUGUAUUUCAAUUGAUUCUGGUUUUAGCAACUUGGAAACGCCCAGCUUAUAAAUUCCCAUUUGUUCUAAACUAAUUUUUUUUCGCGCUCCGUAGAAUAAAGUUUUAAUAUUAUCGUAGGGUAUCCAUAGUGUCUAGUGUAUGUGUAAUAUUGAAAUUUUUUUUUUUUUUUUUUUUUUUAUUUGUUUUUUAUAUUUUUGUAUAAGCGCCACAUUGAAGUGCAGAAAUUUGUAUACGUUUAUGGUAUAGAGUUGUAAGUGGAAUUUGAAAAGUUCUUGAACAUCUUUUGUGGACCUACACAAAUCGACAAGUUGGGCCGUUUGCUAUGAACAGAGCCUUUUAUUCUAGCCAUAUCCAGGUAUUAUACUAGAAUUCAAUUGCCAGCUCAGGAUAUGGCUCCACCGAGACGAAGGGCGAUUAAUGUGGUGGCCACACGCAACUCGAAGCAGUGGUCGCGCAACGAGAUCAUAUCGUGGAUAAAUGAGACCUUGGACACGGAUGUGGAGAAGAUUGAGGACCUGUGCACGGGCGCUGCCUAUUGCAAUCUGAUGGAUAUACUGUUUGCUGACCUGGUGAAAAUGCGCAAAGUGAAGUUUGUGUGCAACCAGCCGACGGAAUACAUUGAGAACUUUCGGGUGCUCCAGCAGAGCUUUAACGAGGUGCAUGUGAACACGCCCAUCAACAUUGAACAGCUGGUCAAGGGAAGAUUCCAGGAUAACUAUGCGUUCGCGAUAUGGUUCAGGCUCUUCUACGAGUCCAACUUUCAACGAACACCCGAUGGCUACGAUCCACGAGCGGCACGCGCCAAUAUGCCCAUUGCCAUCGGCCAGGCCAGCCUAUAUCCAACGGCAGUCCGCGCCCGAUCCGCGUCGCCGUGCACACAUCACGAGCCCAGACAGCUGACGCGCAGCAAGACCAUGGUAUUGCAUGGCUUCCAAUCGCAGUCGAGUGCCUGCAGCGACAGUCUACCGUCUACACCGUCUACAAGAUCUGACUCGGUGACAUCAAAGGCGCAGCCGGUUACGGCGAGAGUACAGCCGGGCAUAUCAAGAGCGCGGCGAGGUUCAUCCAGAGCUCAUGCAGGCACAUCGAGAGAACUGGCCGGUACAUCAAAAGUGCAGCCUGCAGCCAGUACAUCACGAGCUCUGGCGUCUACACAAAAAGUUCAGCCCGCUACAUCACGUAUACAGCCCGGUACAUCACGUGUACAGCCCGGUACAUCACGUGUACAGCCCGGUACAUCACGUGUACAGCCCGGUACAUCACGUGUACAGCCCGGUACAUCACGUGUACAGCCCAGUACAUCACGUGUACAGCCCAGUACAUCACGUGUACAGCCCAGUACGUCACGUGUACAGCCCAGUACAUCACGUGCGCAGCUCAGCUCUUCAACGGCGCAGUCGCAGUUGGAUUCAAAAACUCAAGUGCUUGCGCCGCAAAUCAAGAAUUUGCCAUAUCUUAUAUUGCCCAUACCCGAUUCGCUGACGCCGCGUGGCAAUCUGACAUUUAUAGUGGAUCGGGCGCUCGAGCCGGCGGAGGAGAAAAAGGAGAAAUCGGAGCCAAAAGAAUCGACGACGACGUCAAAGUUCUUUCGCUGGUUCGAGAUGUUCAUGUCCAAAAAGAGUCAAGGCAACAAUGGCAAGAGUUAGUAUGAAGCUGCUGCACACAAUCCUUAAACC